AUGCUCAAAAAUUUAUCUUUAAAAGGGAAGAUGUUCGUCGUUAAGCGAAAUGGGCAUACCGAGGAAGUUCAUUUCGACAAAAUCACUUCAAGAAUCCAGAAACUGUGCUAUAGUUUGGAUAUGGAUUUCAUUGAUCCAACGGCGAUCACAUUUCGCGUUAUCAAUGGGCUUUAUUCUGGAGUCACAACAGUGGAACUUGAUAACCUGGCAGCAGAGACUGCUGCUACGAUGACAACCAAACACGCAGAUUAUGCUAUAUUGGCCGCCAGAAUAGCAGUAUCAAAUUUACACAAAGAAACCAAGAAAGUAUUCAGUGAUGUAAUGUCAGAUUUACAUGAAAUGAUUAAUCCUGUCACCAAAGAACAUACCCCAAUGAUCAGUAAAGAGUAUAACGAAAUCAUCCAAAAACACAAGGAUAGACUGAAUUCUGCCAUCAUUUAUGAUAGAGACUUUGGUUACAAUUAUUUUGGAUUUAAAACUUUAGAGAGAAGCUAUCUUUUAAAAAUUAAUGAUAAAGUAGUUGAACGUCCUCAGCAUAUGAUAAUGCGAGUUGCUGUUGCCAUCCACAAGGAAGAUCUUGACAAAGUUAUAGAAACUUACAACUUCAUGUCUGAGCGUUACUUUACACAUGCGUCUCCAACGCUUUUUUCUGCCUGUACUCAACGCCAACAGAUGUCCAGUUGUUUUUUGCUAACAAUGACAGACGACAGUAUCGAAGGAAUUUUUGAUACUUUAAAAAGAUGUGCCGUAAUUAGUAAAUCAGCAGGAGGCAUUGGUCUCAGUGUACACAACAUUCGUGCGACUGGCACCAAAAUUGCUGGUACCAAUGGUAUUUCAAAUGGGUUAGUUCCAAUGCUAAGAGUUUUCAACAAUACAGCCUGCUAUGUUGAUCAGGGAGGUAACAAGAGACCAGGGGCAUUUGCCAUUUACUUGGAGCCAUGGCAUGCCGAUGUAUUUGAAUUCCUUGAUCUAAAAAAAAAUACUGGUAAAGAAGAGCGUAGAGCAAGGGAUCUAUUUUACGCUCUGUGGAUCCCAGACUUGUUCAUGCAAAGAGUUUUAAAUAAUGAAAAGUGGAGUCUCAUGUGUCCCAAAGAGUGUCCUGGAUUGCCCGACGUUUGGGGCGCUGAGUUUGAAAAAUUGUACACCACAUAUGAAGAGGGGCAAAAAUACAAGAAGCAAGUCGAUGCCAGAACGCUGUGGACGGCUAUUCUGAAGUCUCAAGUUGAAACUGGAACGCCUUAUAUGCUUUACAAAGACCACUGCAACCGCAAGUCGAAUCAGCAAAAUCUGGGCACCAUCAGAAGCAGUAACUUGUGUACCGAGAUAGUGCAGUACUCCUCACCGGAUGAAGUAGCAGUUUGCAAUUUAGCAUCCAUUGCCGUCAACAUGUUCAUCAGUGACGAUAAAAAGUCUUACGAUUUUGGUAAAUUAAAAGAAGUUACGAAAGUCGUCACCAAAAAUCUCGACAGAAUCAUUGAUCUCAAUUACUAUCCCGUUGAAGAGGCAAGAAACUCAAAUUUCAAGCACAGGCCAAUCGGUAUUGGCAUUCAAGGAUUGGCAGAUGCAUUCUUGCUGAUGCGUUUUCCAUUUGAAAGUGAAAAAGCUCAAAAGCUCAAUAUUCAGAUUUUCGAAACCUUGUACUACGGCGCUCUGGAGGCCAGCUGUGAGUUGGCUCAACUAAAUGGGCCAUACUCCACUUAUGAAGGUUCUCCAGUCAGCAAAGGCAUCUUACAGUAUGAUAUGUGGAAUGUUACUCCAACUGAUCUUUGGAACUGGUCAUCCUUGAAAGCCAAAAUAGCCCAACACGGGGUCCGCAACUCGCUGCUUCUUGCUCCGAUGCCAACAGCAUCGACGGCCCAAAUUCUUGGCAAUAAUGAGUCAGUUGAACCAUAUACGAGUAAUAUCUACCAAAGACGCGUACUUUCCGGGGAAUUCCAGAUUGUUAAUCCUCAUCUCUUGAAAGAUCUAACUGAUCUAGGUCUUUGGGACGAGGAUAUGAAGGCCAAUAUCAUAGCUAACAAUGGGUCCAUUCAAAACAUUGAUUGCAUACCCGAUGACUUAAAAGAGCUGUACAAAACUGUUUGGGAAAUUUCUCAAAAGACAAUUUUAAAAAUGGCUGCGGACAGAGGAGCUUUUAUUGAUCAGUCUCAAUCUCUCAACAUACACAUGGCUCAGCCAACACCAGAAAAACUAACUUCAAUGCACUUCUAUGGCUGGCAAGCGGGAUUAAAAACGGGUAUCUAUUAUCUUAGAACAAAGCCAGCUGCCAAUGCCAUACAGUUCACAAUAGAUAAGUCGAAACUUCCAAAUGGAACGCCUAUAAAAAACGGCAGCCUCUUAAAUAAUAGUACCACACAAGAUGAAAAUGAAGACGAAGAAGAUGCCAGACUCGUUUGCUCCCGUGAAAACCCUGAUGCGUGCAUGAUGUGCAGCGGAUAAAAUGCUUGUUAAAAAUUAUAUAUUUUUAUAGAUACGUCAAAUGUAUUUUAUUAAUAUUAGUUU